CAACAUGGCGUCCGAGCAGCAGGAGAGCUCUAAUGGGCCAGUGAAGAGGUCUAUGCGGGAGAAGGCGAUUGAGCGUAGGACUGCCAAUAAAGAACAUAAUAGUAACUUUAAGGCGGGUUAUGUGCCAAUAGAGGAAGAGAGGCUACACAAGACUGGGCUGAGAGGCCGAAAGGGAAACAUUGCAGUCUGUGUCAUCGUUCUGCUCUUUCUGCUGGCGCUUAUCAAUCUCAUUAUAACACUGGUUAUAUGGACGGUGAUACGUAUUGGGCCCAAUGGGUGUGACAGUAUGGAGUUCCACCAGGAUGGGUUGUUACGCUUCAAACAGAAGGCUGAUAUGGGAGUGGUUCACCCUUUACACAAGAGCAGUGUGGGAGGCAGGAAGGACCAGGACCUUGUCAUCACUGGCAAUGAUAACCCGGUAGUGUUUCAACAAGGUUCCACCAGAUUGAGUGUAGAGAAGGAGAAGACUUCCAUCACCAGUGACUUGGGCGUCUCCUUCACGGACCCCCGCACCCAAACUACCUUCUUCAGCACGGACUUUGAUAACCAUGAGUUCCAUCUGCCAAAAAAAGUCAAGGUGCUCAACGUGAGGAAAGCCUCCACUGAAAGGAUCACCAGCAGUGCAUCCUCUGACCUGACCAUCCAGGGGGACAGCAAAGCCAUCAUUCGCGGCAAUGAGGGAGUUUUCAUCAUGGGCAAGACUGUGGAGUUCAAGAUGGGUGGAGCUAUAGAGCUGAAAGCAGAGAACAACAUCAUACUGAAUGGAUCUGUGAUGCUGAGUACUUUGCACAUUCCAAACUCUUCAGCAGGGGGUGAGCUGUAUUUUGAUGAGGGUCUGGAGAGAUACAAGCUGUGCAUGUGUGCGGAUGGGACUCUGUUUCGGGUGCAGGUCAAAUACGCCAACAUGGGCUGCCAGACGUCUGACAACCCCUGUGCCGCCGCCCACUGAGAGACUCAAAGUGUCACCGCCAACUACCACACACAUUAAGAAAUUACGAUAUGCAUUAAUGACACGCAGACAUGAACAUUCACACACACACACACAUACAAUCCGUCCUGAAAGAGACGGCUAAAGGCUGGUACCUGCAAGCAAAUACAUUGACACACAAUCCUCUGUGCGGGAGGGGAGACUGUGAUGAUUGGCGGAAACGAAUGAGCAUUUCUCAUAUGCGUGUGCACUCACACACACAAAAUAAUGUUCACACACCAACUCUCAUGUGACUCGCGCAUAACCAUAAAUUCAACCUUUUAUAUCCAGUUUAAUCCCCUUUUCUUGAGAAACUGUAUAGCCAAAGAUUCCCCAGUGUGAUAUGAUUGCUUAGUAG